UAUUCAGAAAAUGAUUAACAUCAAAACAUGGCAAGUGAAAGUAACAGUCACGGUGAUGACUGUGACAGAAUAAAUUUAGUUAAAAUUCCUCCGGAACGGAUUGGACAUGUAGCAGUAUGUUCAAAUAAAUACAUGUUAGUAUGGGGAGGAUACAAUGAUGAUUUUAAUCCUCCCUACACAGAAAAAUAUCUACCAGCAAAUGAAUUGUGGAUUUACAAUACAGAAUUUAAAGUUUGGUAUUAUGAGAGAUGUAAUGUCCAUCCUGUUGCGGCCUCUGGAUCCACAGUCUGUUUAGGGGAUGGGUUUAUGUACCUGUUUGGUGGCCAUGCUCACUAUGGUAACGUCAAUGAUCUGUAUCGAUUAGAUCUGAGCACAUUACAGUGGGAAAAAAUGAUGCCUCAGGAGAAACAUGAAAAAAUGACACCCAGUCCCCGAGACAAAGCAGUAUCCUGGUACUAUAGAAAAAAGUUUUAUACAUUUGGAGGGUUUGGCGUCCCUACACAGGGAUAUAUGGGAGAUGGCAAGUCUUUCUUUCAAGAUGAAAUUCCAGAACAGAGAGGCUGGAACAAUCAGCUGUGUGUUUUUGAUGUGACUACAAUGGAGUGGAACAUUCCAGACUGCAUGGGACCAAAGCCCUCUGCCCGAGCUGCCCAUACAGCAGUGAGGUUUGGUAACAAGGUUUACAUCUUUGGAGGACGACAUUUAAAUCUCAGGCUUAAUGACGUCCAUUGCCUUGAUCUGAACUCACUGUCAUGGAGUGGGAGGUUAUUAAUUGAUGGCUGCCAACCCGAGGGCAGGUCCUGGCACACUGCUGUAGGUCUAUCUGACAACAGAAUGUUUGUGUAUGGUGGCUUCACCACUGACUGCCAGCCCCUUAGUGAUUCAUGGAUUCUAAAUAUCAGCAGCCUACAGUGGACUCAGUUAACAUAUUUCCCUCAGACCCAUUGUCGUCUCUGGCACACUGCAUGUGUGACACAGGAUCAAGAUGUCCUGAUCUACGGGGGAUGUGAAAAGAACAUACUGGACUAUGACACUAUAUGUGAGAUUAAGAAUGACAUUUUAGAAUUCCAGUUUGAACCAUACACACUGAAAAAGCUGUGUAUGGAAUGUGUUUACAGAUUGCGUGUCCGAUUAGGAAGUCAGUGGGAUUCCCUACCGCGACCCAUUUCUGAUUGGUUACAUAAAAAAGAGACUCUCGACAUCCAGUUACUGAUGUCAUCAGAUUCGGACUCACAUUGUUCAAUAGAUAUUUACUAUGAAUUUUUAUACAGAUAUAACAAAGUAUGCUUAUAUAAUGAAACAAAAUUGUCUGUCCCGUUUGCACUUCGUUAUGUAACAGGAGAGGAGAAAGUGCAGUGGAGCAGACCGGGAUUCGAACCCGGGCCCCCUAAAACUCAGUUGAAUGCACGUUCAUACAAAUCUCAUACUUCAGUCACUGGGAAAGAUAAAUUGCGGAUAUUUGGGAACAGUUUUCGGGAAUCAUUAAUAAUGGCUGUGAAAACGAUAGCAGUGUUUUCUUCCCUUGUGAUCGUCUUUGCGUAUUUUGCAAAAUUAUACUUAGAUAGAAGUUCGGCAGGUGCGGAGAGAAUGAGCCAUAUUUUGUCAGGCCUGCUGAGAGCAGAAAAGAAAAUAGAUGCUCCAAGAACCCGUGUAGCACUGGGCUUUGGUGGCUGUGAAGACUUGAUUGUAGAUGGAAUGUCUUUUAUAAACAAGUUUAAUUUAGAAGCGCCUGGAAAACCGAAACAUCACGACUCCGUUGGGACAAAAGAAGAGCUUUCUGAGUUGUUUGGUUACUUUUUCCAGCAUGGGGCUGCUGCAGAGAGAUUUGUCAGCAACAACACACUGUUUAAGGAGCUGACUGAUGCAGCCUUUUCUAUGGCUGAUCACAAGUCCAUCUUGGGAGGAAACGCACCAGUGAUGGCCAGGAGAAUGGCAAACGAGGGGGCGGAGGUGCUCCUAGGGGCGAGGUUUACUAAGGAACUUAGACAAACUCUGCCUGACACAGUUAAAGUCGUGGGAGAAGAUUUAGAUGUUAAUGAUAUCCAUUUGCUAUUGGAGUAUAAAUCUGGAGACAAGUGGGGCAAGUUUAUCUCACCAAGGGCCAACAGAUUGAUUGUACACAGCGAUGAAAGCAACCCUUUUAUAGAAACCUUAGAAGGACUGGAGGCGGAGAUCAAGACGUUCAAACCAGCGGCUUUAGUUGUGGGAGGCUUGCAGAUGCUGGAUAAUUUUCCUUUCGAAGAAGGAUCAAGGUUAAAAAGAAUAACCAAACUAAAGAAUUUGUUAGCAUCAACACCAAGAAAAACAAGUAUCCAUUUUGAGUUGGCAUCAUUUACAGAUGAAGAAUUAAUGAGAGAAAUCAAAGACAAUGUAGUUCUGUACUCAGAUAGUCUGGGUAUGAAUGAGCAGGAGUUACCUAACUUGGUUAGUAUUCUCACAAAGGGGAAAGUGACAUUAGUGGCUGAUGCCUAUCCUAGAAUUGCCCCAGUACUAGACCAAAUGAGACAGGUUUAUGAUAUUCUGAGUAAAACGGAGGAGGUAGACGGAAGAAGAAAAGUCUCGAGGAUUCAUGUCCACACACUGGCGUAUCAAGCAAUAUUGACAAAGAAGGGAAGCCAGUGGAAAAAAACAAUGCAUGCCACAGCCAAAGCCUCUCUGACAGCUUUUAGACACGUCUGUAAUUCUAACUACAUUGACACAGAGAAGGCACGGCUCAUCAUGGAUGAUUCAUUUUCCUCCAGUACAUUACAGUCUGCUCAGCGAAUACCACUGGAGGAGAACCGCCCAGUGUCAUGCUGGGAGGAAAGAGAUUAUCAGAUUUGUGUGGCACCUGUUCUGGUGUGUACCAAGGUGGUGCAGACAGGAGGAGGUGGAGACAACAUUUCAUCGGCUGGUUUACUGGUACAGGUGGAAUGAUUCUAAUUGUGCUAUGUGGAGAGGUGGAAGAAGAAUUGAAAUUCCAGGUGAUUGUUUGAGUGCUGAUACUUGUAUUUAUUCUUAUUUACAUUCUAGAAUUUUAAAAAAUAUAACAAAUUGCAUUUGAAUCUGCCCAAAAAUUUGAUAGUCAUGAAAAAUAACAAAGAAUCACAAGGUGCAUUUGUUGUAAAAAUAUGUAUAGGUAAUAAAAUGAAGGCUGAUAGGUGUGGAAAGGUUGCUUUUGUUUGAUUCAUUGAAUGUUGGAUUUAUGAUGUUGUUAUGAUAAUAUGAAGAAUUUCAUCUAUCUAAAUUGGAAUCCAUUAAUUGUAUUAACUCUACAGAGAUAUAAAUAUCUAUAUAUUUUGUGUUUGUGAAAGUCUAUGUGGUAUGCUAGAAAAUUUUUCAAUAGUUGAUGUUGUCAUUAUUUUUUAAGGAGAUUGAAUUCAUUCACUUAAAGUGAUUAUAAACUGAGGGACCAUGAAAUUUAAUGAUUUUUUUUAAAAUUCAUUCUUGUGUUGGAGAACCCUUGUGAUUGUUAUGAACUUUCCUUGAUAUUCUUGUUGAGGAAUUGUUAUUCUAUGAUCUCAAAUCUAUCAUUCUUCAGACUUAGAGGAAAUUUAUGCAAUGUUCAGAGAUAAAAAUUACAAUUUACAGACAUUCCUGAAAGUCUUGUUUUUAUUAGCUGUCAUCAUAAUUAUUAUCUUAUAUAGAGUUUCCUCAUGCUCAUAUUGCUGUAUAUUUUGAUAUUUUCAUUUGAAUUGUUUUCAGCAUUUCGGUCAAGAAACUGUGUGAAUUAAUUUUCAGAAUUCUGAAACAAAAGCUUAAUAAAUUGCUAGCUGCCAGCAGCACUAGGUUUAUUUAAUAUUUAAUUAUUUUUUGCUUAUGGUUGUAAAAGAGGAGUUGUCCACUUAAGUUUAUGUAGUAGCUUUGUACUUUUGUUAAAUAUAAACAUACAAUAUAUUGUUUAUUUUCAUAGUGUAAAACAAAGCAUUUCAAAUUAACACUUUGUGUAUUUAUUAUGAAUAACACCUCUGCUCUUAAAAAUCCUGGAACGUUUUCCCCCGAACAGAUUGCAGUUUUUAUCUUAUGUGGAAAUCACAGGUGCUUGAUGUUUUUAACAUUUCUUUUCAUACAUGUAACUGAAAAAACCCCAAAUACUACAAUUAUUAGGUUAAAUACGUCAAGCGCCUGUGAUAUAAAGCCAAUAUUGCAAUAAACUGCUAUAGCAAUACAUGUAUCUUGUUUAUAAGAGGUCAUGAUAGAGAAGAAAAUCUAGUUGUAAUAUUUUAUAUGACGAUCGAGGUUUUGGCCCAGAAUUUUCUGUGUCCACCAAUAUACAGAAGAGCUCUGGAAACUUAACCUUGUUAGCAGCAUCAAUUAAGUUAUUUAGCUAUAAGAAGGGAUCAUUUUUAUCUUUAUUAAUUUUUUUUGUAUUCUUCAACAUUACUUAUGGAUCAACUCUUCUUUAUUCUGUCUAUCUCAUAUGUGAAGCUUAAUUAAUCUACUUAUUAAGAAAGACAUAUUUAUAUAGCAUCAAAAUAUUUAUAUAACAUCAAAAUAUAUUCAAUUGCCAAUUAUUUUGAUUCUCUAGUUCAUAAUGUUUUGUUCAUGAUUUUAUCUUUCACUAGUUAAUGUAGUAGUUUGCUGUGUAUACUUAGUAGAUUUAUAUCAUAAGACAAUGAUUGUACGUGUAUGUCAACAUCUGUGAUAAUUAUUCUGAACUCUUGUCUCAGUCAUACAACGUGAUAUACAUACCAGUGACCAUUGGAUGAACAUGUAUAGUUUUUUUUUACAUGCUGUAUGAUUUAAAAGGCAAGUUAUAGGAGUAUAAUAUCUUAUUUCAAUCUUACAGGCACAAUCCUUAUGGCAAUGGAAGUUUUCUUGUAGUUGAAAAGAAUGAAUCCAUGUGUCCUUUUACUAUUAUAUCAUAUUGAUCCUAUUAUAUCCUAAUUCACAAUAGUUGUUGAUAUAAUCAAUAUUUUUGUGUUCUGUAUCUUUGAUAUAAAAAAAUACAUAUACAUGUAUAUUAUUAUAGAAAAAUAAAUCUUUAAGAAGUU